AUGUUAGUACAACCAUUAAAUAACAAUGGCGAUGGUCCAGAUGGUGGAGCAACUGGGGUUGGUGCAUCCAUCCCAUUGGCGAUUGCCGUAUUAGCUGGUUUAAUUUUAUCAGCAUUUGCAAUCGUGGUUAUACUUUCAUUGAUACCUGUAUAUCUUGGAAAGGCUGGUGCCAACUUGGUGACUGAUCAAAACACAGAAAGUGAUAACAUAAUACGAACAUUCGUCACAACUACGAUACUACUCAAUAACCAGAGUGCGACAGUCGUUAACUUUAAUCAAAUAGCUCGACAAAUAGAAGCUGCCUGUCGUUUGCCAGCAGACUCAAUAAGAAUCAUUAAUAUUGUGAUCAUUGGUCCUAUAAGAUAUCCUGGUAGUGGUCGCCGUCGUCGUGGUGUACUUUACAGAAAAAAACGUCAACUACCUAGUUGUGAUCAGUACGGAUUUGCUCGCACAGCUGUGCAAAUCACAAUGCGUAUAGUCUACCCGAGAAGAUGCGGUGUAUCAACAUCUUGCAAACAAAGAUUUACCAAUGCUAUUUUAACUCAUCUUAAUAGAUUUGCUUCAAGUUUUUCAGUGACAUUCAUAUUUGCCGACGGACGCUCCAUUCAACUCGUGUUAUUCGCUUGCAUGGCAACUGGUGCUUUUCCAUUGUCCGAUAUUUCAGGUGCUACAGCUAGCGCUGCAACGACAGCAAGAGCUUCUGUCUGUUCACUUCAAUGGAAUCCAAUAGGCAGGCGUGUAGCAGGUGAUGGUACGUUUGGUGAUGGACUCCAGCAGCUCAACGAUCCUCGUGAUGUAGUUUUGGAUCUAUCUAAUAGACUCGUUAUCGCUGAUAUUGGAAAUAACAGAAUUCAGAGAUGGGUGAUAGGCGGUCCCCAGGGUGAGACAGUCGCUGGUCAAGCAAAUGGAGACGCAGGAGAUGCACAAAAUCAGCUCAGUCGACCUGAAGGUGUCGUUGUCGCCCCAAAUGGUAAUAUCUAUGUGGCAGAUUCAGCUAAUAAUCGCGUUCAACUUUGGCUACCUGGGGCAGCUGCAGGCCAGACAAUUCCCGGACCAGGUAAGAUAGCUUGA